AUGGAUUACAGAGGCGGCAAGCGAAGUUCAAUUUCAUUCGGCAGCUACCAAAGGCCGAUGGAGCAAUUCCAGAAUGCUGGGGGAGGGAUAUAUCAGCGACAGUCGCCGAUGCUGUACCACCCGCGGUCGCUGGAGGUGGGGGCGCCACAUGCAUACUGCGCUGACCUGCCAUCGCCGCAGUUUGCGGUGGAUUGGGAUGCGUGCGACCGGGUGGCCAUUGGGUCGUACAAGGAGGACGCAUUUAACAAGCUGACGGUGCUGCAGGCGACGCCUGAUUUGUCGCACUGGGAUAGCGUGGCGCAGGCGAGCGUGAUAUACCCGCUGUCCAAGAUACAGUGGAUGCCGAAGGGCACGGGGAAGCUUGCAACGUGCUCGGACUCGCUGCGGAUAUGGUCGGUGGAGGAGCAGCUGCACGAGCAGCUGAACCUGUCGCUGGUGAAGUACGGCAAGAGCUUGGGGGAGGUGUCGAAUGGACGCAUGCUGGGGCAGCUACCGCCGGUGACGUCGUUUGACUGGAAUGCGCUGGACACAAACCUAAUUCUGUCGAGCUCGAUUGACACCACCUGCACGGUGUGGGACCUACAAGCAUCGAACUACGUUAAAACACAGCUAAUUGCCCACGACUCGGAAGUGUUUGAUGCGAAGUUUCUGACACAGUCCAGUAACCUUUUUGCAAGCUGUGGCGGCGACGGCUCAGUGCGCGUCUUUGACCUACGCUGUCUGGCCCAUAGUACAAUCAUCUACGAGCCCCAACAACAAGUGCAGGGCCAAACGCCGUCGCAGACACAGGUACAUACACUAGCAGCACAUGAACAGGAUGGCCAGCUGCAAAAGAACAGCCAGAGCUCUGCCCUGUCGAGCUCGGCAAGCUCAUCUCUCGGAGCAUUGGAUAAUUGCGCGUUACUAAGGUUGGAGCCUUCUCCAUUCGACCCAAACAUCCUUGCAACAAUUCAGCAGGACUCUAAUGUUGUAAUAAUACUGGAUAUGAGGUACCCUGGCUCUCCUAUGCUCCUACUGGAAGGACAUGCUGCGCCUGUCAACCAGUUGAAGUGGCACCCCUCCAAGCCAAACGUGCUAGCUACAUGCGGUGACGACUGUCAGAUACUGUACUGGGACCUGCUGGAGCUACUCAGCGCAAGCCAGGUCUGGACAGGGCUGACACAGCAACGCUGGUCGACCACUAGCACGGUACGCACACUUGAAACACCGCAAAUGUCAUAUACCGCACAAUACGAGGUUAAUAACUUUGUAUGGCGUCCUUCGGGCGAUUGGAUCGGGUAUACCGCGGGCAAAAGAUUCUAUAAUAUUAGAAUGUAG